AAUCACUUCAGUGAUAUGGAAACUGUCAGAUAGCAAUAGUAGUGUUUACAACAUUCGAUUUUAUAAGUUCUGAUCAAAUAAGCAUGUACUUGUGAAUUUAUCACUGUUCCUGAAAAAACUCAAAUCUUACUCUAAAUACAAUGGUUACCCAAGAAAGAAUUAAGUUAGAAUAUCCUCUUCAUUGGCUAGUUUGGCUCAACGAUUUUGAGAAUUUAUCUGAUGAAUUGAAAAAAAACGAACAUGAUAAAGAAAAAAAAGAUGUUAGGGGCAGAACGCCUCUUAUGCUGGCUGUUACUUUGGGACAUUUGGAAUCUGUUAGGGCUUUGUUGAACAAUGAGGCCAAUGUAAAUGUUGAAAAUUCCGACGGAUGGACAGUGGUACAGGAAGCUGUAGCUACUGGGGAUCCAGAAUUACUACAAUUAGUUCUAGAAAGGAGAAACUUACAGAGACAUACUAGUCGAAUGGAAGGUAUUCCUAUGCUAUUAGAGAGAUUGAAAGAAGCACCAGAUUUUUAUGUUGAAAUGAAAUGGGAGUUUACUAGUUGGGUACCCCUUCUGUCCAGAAUGUGCCCUAGUGAUACAUACAAGGUAUAUAAAAAAGGGUCCAAUGUUAGAAUAGAUACAACUCUUUUAGGCUUCGAUACCACAAGUUGGCAAAGGGGGAAUAGAAGUUAUGUUUUCCAAGGUCGAAGUGACGGUGCUACGAUGUUAGAAAUAGACCACGACCUAAGACAGGUCUACUGCGAGGAGAUGCAAAUUCAGGAAGAGGCAGCCGAGAUCCUAUCGGCAAAUCAGGGUGCUGUAUCGCAAAGGCUUACUACUCCGAUAGUCACCACUUACAUCGAUACAGACAAGAUCAGUUUCGAAAGGAAUAAGGCCGGCAUGUGGGGUUGGAGAUCUGAUAAAUCGGAAGUCGUAAACGGUUUCUACUGCAAAGUGUUCGGAGCUACCAACGUAGAAUUAGUUACCAAGACGAGGACGGAACAUCUGACCGAGAGCGACAAGGCCAGGUGUAAAAGCAAUAAGACCCCAUUGCAGAAUUUUCUCGGUAUAGCUGAAAUCGAGGAGAAUCACUCUAUUCCCGUCCCUACAAAUGAGAUUCUAGUCAAUUCAACCAACCCCUGUAACAUCACUCCCGAAGAGUACUUCGAUGCAGAAAUCGAGAUGGGAGGCAGAGACAUAGGUCGUCCCAAAGAGUGCAACAUGAAGGUGCAGAAGUUCAGAGCCACCCUCUGGCUCAGCGAGGAAUACCCCCUUUCUCUGCCCGAGCAGAUUUUGCCGAUCGUGGAUCUCAUGGCCAUUUCUAGCCCCCAUUUCGCCAAACUGAAGGAUUUCAUCCAGUUGCAGUUACCUGCUGGAUUUCCAGUUAAAAUUGAGAUUCCAAUUUUCCACGUUUUAAACGCCAGAAUUACCUUCGGGAACAUUUUCGGCUUGGACGCUGCAGUACCCAAAGUGACCCGGCUUGAGGAUGGUACGGACAUGUCUUGCGUGCUCGACGAAAGUCUGUUUGAAUGUCCACCGGAUUACAUUCAGAUUGGUAAUGCUGGUAAUGACGCUAGACGACAAUUUAGCAUGGAGGAAGAAGAUGAUCUUUUACAAUUUGCUAUUCAGCAGAGCUUAAUUGACGCCGGUACAGAAAAAGAAGAAGUCGAUAUUUGGGAAGCUCUUAGGGCUCAAAAACCUUCCAGACCCACCACUCCUAGCAAUUUCAUGGGGGAGGAAGAGAGACAGCUUCAGAGAGCUAUCCAAGCUAGUUUGUUCCUCUGCCAGAGCCCUAACUCCGAAUCUAACGAUUCCGAAGGAAAUGAUUCCCCUGUGACUGACGAUCUUCAAAGGGCCCUUCUGCUGAGCAAGCAAGAGCAGAUGAAGAUGGAGGAGGAACGGUUGAGGGAAGAAAAACUACUGGAGGAGAUUUUACAGCUGUCUCUGACGGAAAAAUAGUCAUUUUAAAUUUUUUUAAACUAGUUUUAAGUACAGAAAGUGUUGAUAUGUUUGACUGAACAUGAUAUUAUUUGAAUAUGUCGAAAAUAUGCUUCCUUUCGACUCGGAUCUCUGAAAAAUUUGCCAAAGUAUGUAACAACAAAUUCUUCCCUUUGGAAAUUUCUAUUGUGUCUUCAAAAAUGGAACCUCUAAGUAUUUAUAAUGUCACCGAUGUUAUUCCAAAAAAAUGUUUGAUCGCUAUUUUAUAAUAUUUAAAAUACCUCCCCGAGAAUUUUAUAAUAUGGAAAACAAAUAAACUUUCGCGAACUUAAUUCCAUUUUUAUGAUUUAUUCAAUUGUAUUUAAUUUGUAAACUUAAAACAAUGUUAGAUUCAACUUGAAUAUAUAUAUAUUUAUUUGUAAA